GUUGACUAAGUCAAUAAUCAGAAUCAGCAGGUUUGCAGUCAGAUUGGCAGGGAUAAGCAGCCUAGCUCAGGAGAAGUGAGUAUAAAAGCCCCAGGCUGGGAGCAGCCAUCACAGAAGUCCACUCGUUCUUGGCAGGAUGGCUUCUCAUCGUCUGCUCCUCCUCUGCCUCGCUGGACUGGUAUUUGUGUCUGAGGCUGGCCCUACGGGCACUGGUGAAUCCAAGUGUCCUCUGAUGGUCAAAGUUCUAGAUGCUGUCCGAGGCAGUCCUGCCAUCAAUGUGGCUGUGAAUGUGUUCAAAAAGGCUGCUGAUGAGACCUGGGAGCCAUUUGCCUCUGGGAAAACCAGUGAGACUGGAGAGCUGCAUGGGCUCACAACUGAGGAGGAAUUUGUAGAAGGGAUAUACAAAGUGGAAAUAGACACCAAAUCUUACUGGAAGGCACUUGGCAUCUCCCCAUUCCAUGAGCAUGCAGAGGUGGUAUUCACAGCCAACGACUCUGGCCCCCGCCGCUACACCAUCGCCGCCCUGCUGAGCCCCUACUCCUAUUCCACCACGGCUGUCGUCACCACUCCCAAGGAAUGAGGGACUUCUCCAGUGAACCUGAAGGACGAGGGAUGGGAUUUCAUGUAACCAAGAGUAUUCCAUUUUUACUAAAGCAGUGUUUUCACCUCAUAAGCUAUGUUAGAAGUCCAGGCAGAGACAAUAAAACAUUCCUGUGAAAGGCACUUUUCAUUCCA